CAGGUGGUUGAGCUCCAGCUCCUGCCCGAUCUGCACAUCAUAUCUGACUACGACGACUCGAACUGCUCCAUCAGCGACGGCAUGAACGCAGCCAUCGAGUUCUACGCCAAGAAAAAGGUCGACGUGUUCGUGGGGCCCGUCUGCGAUUAUGCUGUGGCCCCCAUUGCGAGACAGGUGUGGUGAGAGUAUUGAGCUGAUAGACCCCCCCCCACACACACACAACUACAUGCAUACAUGACUGCUAUGACCACGCCCACAUUGUCUACGCCUCCUCGCAGCGUAUCGAUCAGUACCCGUAUAUACACACAUGAACGCUAUGACCACGCCCACAUCGAUACACGAUGGCUAUGACCACGCCAACAAAGGCUCACGAUGGAUUUGACCACGCCCACAUCGACGCAUGACAGCUAUGACAGCUAUGACACUCUCCAGCAAAGACACUUGACUGCUGUGACCACGCCCACAUGACCGAUUUCUCAUAAAAUACAAUUGACUGCUAUGCCGACUAAUAAUUUAUCUUAAAUUCUUCCACAAAUAUAAAAUCAAAUCAAUCUAUUGCUUGCCGCCUAAUAUUUUACAACGUUUGCAUCUUCAGACCCGCUACUGGAAGAUUCCGCUGCUGAGCCCCGGUGCCAUGGCCAGCGACUAUGGCCUGCACAAGGUGUCCAUGUUCCCCAUGCUUACCAGGAUGGGCUACAACAUGAACUCGUUCGUCGACUUUCUGGUGCAGCUCCUCAACAAGUUUGGCUGGAGGAGGUUCAAGACGCUGUACGAGCCCCAUGGGAUGAACAACAUCAUGGACAGAUUCUGCCACAUAGGUACGUAG